AUGGCUCCCCUGGGACCAUGGGUCACUAGGAAUAGCAGCAUAGAUAGCGGAGAAACAGAAGUUGGCCGCAGGGUCACCCAGGAAGUGCCCCCUGGAGUUUUUUGGCGAUCUCAGAUCCAUAUCAGCCAGCCCCAGUUCCUGAAAUUCAACAUAUCCUUAGGGAAGGAUGCUCUUUUUGGUGUUUAUAUAAGAAGAGGACUCCCACCAUCACAUGCCCAGUAUGAUUUCAUGGAACGCUUGGAUGGGAAAGAGAAAUGGAGUGUGGUGGAGUCCCCACGGGAGCGACGAAGUAUUCAGACGCUUGUUCAGAAUGAGGCUGUGUUUGUUCAAUACUUGGAUGUGGGAUUGUGGCACCUGGCGUUUUACAAUGACGGCAAGGACAAAGAAGUGGUCUCUUUCAGUACAGUUAUUUUGGAUUCAGUGCAAGACUGCCCACGUAAUUGUCAUGGGAAUGGCGAAUGUGUGUCGGGUGUCUGCCACUGUUUUCCAGGAUUUCAUGGAGCAGAUUGUGCUAAAGCUGCCUGCCCAGUUCUGUGUAGUGGCAAUGGUCAAUACUCUAAAGGCACCUGCUUAUGCUACAGUGGCUGGAAAGGUCCAGAAUGUGAUGUACCCAUCAGCCAGUGUAUUGAUCCCUCAUGUGGAGGUCAUGGUUCCUGCAUCGAAGGGAACUGUGUCUGUUCUGUUGGCUAUAAAGGAGAAAACUGUGAGGAAGUUGAUUGCUUAGAUCCAACGUGCUCCAACCAUGGAGUCUGUGUGAAUGGAGAAUGUCUCUGCAGCCCGGGUUGGGGUGGAAUAAAUUGUGAGCUUCCCAGAGCCCAGUGCCCAGACCAGUGUAGUGGGCACGGUACCUACCUGUCUGACACAGGUCUUUGUAGCUGUGAUCCCAACUGGAUGGGUCCUGACUGCUCCGUUGAAGUGUGCUCUGUAGACUGUGGCACUCACGGGGUGUGCAUUGGCGGAGCAUGUCGCUGUGAAGAAGGGUGGACAGGAGUGGCGUGUGACCAGCGCGUGUGUCAUCCCCGUUGUACGGAGCACGGAACUUGUAAAGAUGGGAAAUGUGAAUGCAGAGAGGGCUGGAAUGGGGAGCACUGCACCAUUGGUAGGCAAACGACAGGCACCGAAACAGGCACAUACUGCUUUCUUUUCAUAAAUCGUAGAAACAUAGUUACUGUUGUGAAUUGUAAUAGACUGUUCCUUUAA